UUAACUUGGAUGACAUUUUGAUUUCAUCAUUAGCCUCCAGACGCCUCCAUUCAUCUAUCUAUCUAUCUAUCUAUCUAUCUAUCUAUCUAUCUAUCUAUCUAUCUAUCUAUCUAUCUAUCUAUCUGUCGAUAUAUCUGUCUGUCCAUCUGUCUAUCUGUCUACGUUCUUCUUCGAUUUAUUUUUGCUUUGUUUUGUUUCGCUUUUUCUUAACGCGUGAGGAAUCUUAAAAGCUUCCUAAAAGCUUGAUAUUUAAAUCUCGAGACGUUUCCGGUGGACGGGACUGUGGUGUUUUUAUGGUGAUCCAAUGGCCGAGACAACGCCGGAGACUCGCCCGUUUAAAGACUCUCCGUUCUCCAUUAAAAACCUGCUGAACUGCGAGAGCAAACCCACUCUGAUCAAACCCAAAGCCAUCAUGAACUCCACCAAGGGACUCCUGGACCACGGCUUCUCUCUGUCUCGCGUCGGAGACUUGAGUUUUCCGCGGUUUGAUUUGCCGGUGCAGAGGUUUGGAUUAGCGGCUCACUGGUGGUACCCGUACGGACAUUUACACAGAACUACAGUGUCAGAGAGGCCAGCGGUUAGAGACUCAUCCCCGGCGUCCGGCACAGACAGAGACUCACCGGAGCCGCGGCUCGUGUUAGAUCAGGACGCCAAAGAGGACGAGGAGAGCAAAAGCGUGGAUGAAAUCCUACUAGAGGAAAGCGACACGGACGAGCCGAAGAGGGACGACGCACCGGAAGCGGCGUGUACGGCUUCGGAGAGCUCGGACAAGCGGCCGCCUUGUCGGAAGAAGAAAACGCGCACGGUGUUCUCGCGCAGUCAGGUGUUCCAGCUCGAGUCCACCUUCGACGCUAAGCGGUACCUGAGCAGCGCCGAGCGCGCGUGUCUGGCCUCCAGCCUGCAGCUCACCGAGACUCAGGUGAAAAUCUGGUUCCAGAACCGGCGCAAUAAGUGGAAGCGACAGCUGGCAGCGGAGCUCGAGGCUGCCAGUCUGAGUCACACCGCCGCGCGCCGCAUGGUCCCGGUGCCGGUGCUCUACCGCGAGGGCGCAGCCGGCGACACCACCAGCGCCGCGUCCAGCCACGCCACAGCCGGCCAGCCUCUCCUCACCUUCCCACAUCCGGUCUAUUAUCCACAUCCGGUGGUCGCCGCCGUGCCGCUGCUUAGACCUGUAUGAGCUCUGCGCGCGUGAACACACACAAAAUUCACUGCCAACAUCCAUGAACGAUUUAUAACCACCGUCAUCUAAUGUUUCUAAAAAAAAAAAACAGAAAUAAAUAAAGGACGAAGAAAAAAAUCGCUUGUACUGCUGAUAAAAAUCAGCUCUGCAGGUGCCUUUAUUAUUAUUAUUAUUAUUAUUAUUAUUAUUAUUAUUAUUAUUAUUAUUAUAGAAUUGGCCAUAACACAUACAUGGGAUCUCAGCGGUGAUGGAUGCAUUUCAUUUCAUUAUUUUUCUUUAUUCUUUUUUUAAGUAUAUAUACAUGUUUCUUAUUAGAAUUUGCCACAUCUCAAUCUCUCUCUCUCUCUCUCUCUCUCUCUCUCUCUCUCUCUCUCUCUCUCUCUCUCUCUCUCUCUCUCUCUCACACACACACACACACACACACACACACACACACACACACACACACAAACACACAAUCAGAGCUACAGUGUACGGACAAUCUCUAAUUAUCACCACCUGUCUUACAAUUUAUGCCAAUGACAUCAUAAAACCUGCAUUAAAACCAUCUAUAUUUACUUUAUUCUUUAAUUUUGUUUUUACUUUAUUUUUACUUUUUUUAGAAGCCCGG